ACCCUUUUAUCAGUCAGCUGUGAAAGGCUAUUUCUCUCUGUAUGUAUGCAACCACUCUUCAAUUUUCAUUUUACAGAAUAUAUAUAUACACAUAGAGAAGUAGAAGAAAGAGGGAGAAAUGGGUUGGUUUCCAUGUUCUGGAUCAUCAAAGCAUACCUCAAAGAAGAGGAAAAAGAAGAAAGACUCGACCAAUUCGGUCCAACUUGGUUCUGAAAAGUUGAAGGCAAAGAAUCUGUUAGGCUCAAAGGAGGAUGUUAAGGAUGGAGAGUCUAGUCAAAUUGCAGCCAAGACUUUUACAUUUCGUGAAUUAGCAGCUGCGGCAAGAAACUUUCGAGGUGAUUGUCUUCUUGGAGAGGGAGGUUUUGGAAGAGUAUACAAAGGGCGGCUUGAUUCCAAUCAGAUUGUUGCCAUCAAGCAACUCGAUCGUAAUGGAUUGCAAGGAAACAGGGAAUUUCUUGUUGAAGUGCUGAUGCUAAGUUUGUUACACCAUCCUAACCUGGUAAAUUUAAUUGGCUAUUGUGCUGAUGGAGAUCAGAGACUUCUGGUUUACGAAUAUAUGCCACUAGGAUCAUUGGAUGACCAUCUUCAUGAUGUUACGCCCGCUAAGAAAGUGCUCGAUUGGAACACGAGAAUGAAAAUUGCAGCUGGAGCAGCAAAGGGCUUGGAAUAUUUACAUGACAAGGCAAGCCCGCCCGUAAUAUACCGCGAUUUAAAAUGCUCUAAUAUUUUGCUUGGUGAGGGGUAUCAUCCAAAGCUAUCCGACUUCGGAUUGGCCAAGUUGGGGCCCGUUGGAGAUAACACCCAUGUCUCGACAAGAGUUAUGGGUACUUAUGGGUACUGCGCUCCGGAGUAUGCUAUGACUGGUCAGUUGACUUUAAAGUCGGAUGUUUAUAGCUUUGGGGUUGUCCUCUUGGAGAUCAUAACUGGCAGGAAAGCAAUUGAAAGUUCAAAAACUGGAGGAGAGCACAAUCUGGUUGCAUGGGCAAGACCCUUGUUCAAAGAGCGGAGGAAAUUCUCACAGAUGGCUGAUCCAGUACUUCAAGGCCAAUAUCCCGUUAGAGGUUUGUAUCAAGCUCUAGCAGUUGCAGCAAUGUGUGUCCACGAGCAACCUAACAUGCGUCCAGUCAUAGCAGAUGUUGUCACAGCCUUAUCUUACCUUGCUGCACAAAGAUUUGACAGUGAUAGUACUCAAGGAGUUCAAAACUCGCGCUGGACACCUGCUACUCCACCUAGAACGAAACGAGAUGGUGAUAAGCGACAAAAGGGUGGAAGUUCUGAAGCUAGAUGGUGAAUAAUAGACUAAACAAGUUUUUUCUCUAGGAACAAGUACAAAAUAUCAAGACGAGCGACCUAUUGGAUAGCUGCUAGUUGAAGCUAGUUCAGUACAAAUGACAAUCAAAGGUACCUCAAAUACAAGUUCAAUCAGAAGGAACAAUUUUGUAGCUCAGAAAUCAGACCAGCUACGCUUAUCUUCCCUUGUUAUCGAGCAUGUUUGCUUUCCCCUUUAAUCGUUUGAGUACAUAGUUGAUGCGUGUUACUGCACUUUAUGGUUUCGGUCAUUUCUUGGCGAAGUUUUCUUUUGUACAGGCAUGCCAUAUUGUGUGCAAGUAUUGUAUUGUGAAACAGCAAAUUGUGAUGUAUAAUUACAGAAUGGGGAUUGUAGUUAUAUUCUUUUUAGCCAUAUCUUUGUGAUCAAAGACAUUAUUGAGUAUUGAAAUGAAUGGGGUCGGAUUGAGCUGAAUGAAUAUAGAGGAUUCA